CGCAGUUAAUUCUCGCACCCAUCCACUGAGAAAAACGAUUCUUUCGUUUCCGUUAAUGUGUGGCACCUUCGAACCUGUCGUAGACCGAGGAGAUCGGAGCGAACACUCUGACGAUGUUAGACCACCAAGGCGAACAACUGGACCGAAUCGAGGAGGGCAUGGACCAGAUUAACGCCGACAUGAGAGAGGCCGAGAAGAAUCUCACCGGAAUGGAGAAGUGCUGUGGCCUUUGCGUUCUUCCCUGUAACAAAGGUGCCAGCUUCAAGGAGGACGAAGGUACGUGGAAGGGCAACGACGACGGCAAAGUCGUGAACAACCAACCGCAGCGGGUGAUGGACGACCGCAACGGUCUCGGGCCGCAGGGCGGCUACAUCGCCAAGAUCACGAACGACGCGCGUGAGACGGAGAUGGAGGAGAACAUGGGCCAGGUCAACACGAUGAUCGGCAAUCUGAGGAACAUGGCGAUUGACAUGGGCAGCGAGCUCGAGAAUCAGAACCGGCAGAUCGACAGGAUCAACCGCAAGGGCGAAUCGAACGAGACGAGGAUACAGGUGGCCAACGAGCGAGCCCAUCAGCUACUCAAGUAAGCGGCCACACACUCUUUGUCGACCAUCCGCACCCCGUCGGCCGCUACGAGAGCGUCACUACCAUCACCCUCCACCACCACCACCACCACCACCAACAACUACUGUUACUACAACAACACAACAGCAACAACAACAUCGACACCAACAACAAUCAGCACAAUUACACUCGACAGUCCAUUCGAUCGUUUGCUCGCGAUCUUUAUCGCAUUUCGUCUGUUAGAACGUUAUCCUUUCGUUCGCGUUCACCGAGUCGACUCUCGGGUAUCUUCGGUAUUGUCGGAACAUAGUAAUACUUAAUGAAAAUACCUAACCCUAAACUUGAGACCGAAUGGACCUUUGUAAAGUACCGGAUUUCAGAAUUUUUGUAACGUCUCUUUCCGUUCCGAGGUACAGAGGUGUCUAAAGGAGACUCGCGAUCUCUCGACCUGAAAGAGAAAUAAACGUUGAAUCUGUUGUACUUGGUAAGUAUCUGCUGCAUAUUCCUUAUGCGCGCAACGUAAUCUUAAAUCUUUAACUUCCCUAGUCCUUUAAGCAAGUUUAGGGUUAACAUACGCGUCGGAGCAGAUUCGCGCGUUGCAGAUUCGGAGAUUGAGUUUGAUUUUCGGCUGGAGACGGGAGAGCCCGUGAUAAGCCCGGUUUCCUCAUUUAGCGUCGAGGACGUGUCCGAUCUAAUUGUCCAUCGAACUUCAAACUUAGUUAGUCGCCCGCUCGGCGACCGUAAAUUAGAUUUAAUCUCCGAGACGUGCUUUCUGCCUCCACAAUGGCAAUAAUCCGCCGACGAGGAGCUUCGAGGAUUUCGAAGCGAGCUGUUUCGAAGCGUCAAUGCGGUUGUUAAUCGAUCGUCAAAGCUGGAUUAAAAACGGAUCUCUAACUUAAGAUUAACGGAACACACACACACAUACACAAACACACACACACCACACAGUCUCCUUAUACCGAAAUCACAACGAAGAAGCCGACGGAAUUUUUCUCUAGCGUGGCAGAAGCGUCGAAUUAUCGCGUAUAGUUUAAAGACGGAGCUAAAAUCCAAUCUCCGGUUCAGGAACGAGCAGCCUCUCGUUCUCUUUGCCGGCAGAGUUAGCAUGUUGAGCGAUGUUGAAACUUAAAUAAAAAGAUAAUAUAUAUAUUAUAUAUACCUAUACCUCUCGUUAGUCACACACAUGUACACGUACACACCGGAGAAAUUAAAUGCACGAACAAAUUGCAGCGAUUAAUUCGAUUUCUCACGGUUUGACCCGGCUCUAGAGAGUCGGGCGGGACUGAAAUUUUUGGAAACGCGAGGAAACAAAAAAAAAAAAAUAACGGAGCGAGAGAGAAAAGAGGAAGCGACAAGAUAAUAGUACAAAAAUUACUAUACUUAUCUCCCGUUAGGAAAGGCAAAAAGAUUUCGAUUUAUAUAAGCUUUAUUUAUUUGUCUCAUCGUGUAUUGCCGCUCUCCGCGAUUACAACUUGCGCUUGAGGAUCACACUCGAACGUCAUGUCAGCGACUAAUGUCUACAAGCGAAAGAAGCAAAACACAUUUAAAUCUCCCUCUCCCUCGUGGCUCCCCCCAGGCGGGGGAGUCCCGUUGUUCCCCCUCCGCCUCCCCUCCCCCUUGACCGAACACGCGCAUUUCCGAGGAGGUCGGUGUCGAAAAUAAUUUCGCGAGCGUUUCGCGAAAGGAAAGGUAGAGAUUUACGGCGACACUUGCGGAGGAGGAAGACAGUGGAAUUUGCGAGCGCGAAGGACGAGGGAGGUGGAGGACGAAGAGAGGUGGACAAAGAAGAGGAAGGACAAAGAAGCUGAAGGAGAAGAAGGAGGAGCAGAAGAGGACUUUACAUGGCGAGAUAACCGAAGCAACGAAAAGAGUCGCGUUCAAGUCACACGACUAUCAGGAGUCAACUGAAGCUGUAGAUAGAGCGAAGUCUUCUUUCGUCAUUUAAAAACCAAAAAAAAAAAAAA